UUAAAGCUCACUAUAGUGUUGAUACAAAUUCAUUGCAAAAUCAAUUGAUUUGUAAUGAAAUCUAAUUAAUGGAUAAUUUGAGACAAUUUAGACCAACUGUUUGGUGACAAUAAUGUCAGUCAUAUACCGAAGUUUGGUGACGGCUUGCGACCGCUUUGUCCCGACGGCAAUGCGACCACUUUGGGAACAUCCGGCCGGACCUAAAACUAUCUUUUUCUGGGCGCCGGCCAUGAAAUGGGGUCUCGUCAUUGCCAGCAUUUCAGACAUUCAACGACCCGUCGAUAAAUUGUCGGCCACUCAGACAUCGGCACUGGCGGCCACAGGUCUGAUAUGGUCGCGGUAUUCACUGGUGAUAACGCCUAAGAAUUGGGCACUUUUCUCGGUCAACGUAUUUGUGGCGAUAACUAAUUGUUACCAAUUGUCUCGUAUUUAUAAUUAUAACCGAAAAAUAAAACAAUAACUAUAAAAAAAAGUUAUUCAUUAUUAUUAUCGGUAA